GAGUCUGUCAUGCUGCUGCCAGGCCCCUAAUCUGCCAUGGGCCCCCUAUAUACCGCCUCCAUCAUGCUGCUGCCAAGUCCCAGAGUCUGUCCAUGGUCCCUGUAUGGCCUCCCAUUGCUGCUGUCUCCAUCGCCACACUCUGCUGCCAUGUGCCACUUUCAGGUCUCUUCACACUGCUGGUGUGUUAAAUUUUUUGACAUAGGGUGCAGUCAGAUUACGGGCCUCACAUAGCUGCUGCCAGGCCCCUAAAUCUGCCAUGGGCCCCUAUAUAACCGCCUCCUCAUGCUGCUGCCAAGUCUAGAGUCUCUCAUGGGUCCCUGUACGGCCUCCCAUUCUGCUGCUGUCU